AAUAAUCCCGAUACAAUUUAUAUAAAUCAAUCGGCGCUUUGUUAUCAAACAGAACAAAAUAACUGCAAUCUAGAGAUAAUCUACCGAAACACCUGAAUCGCAAAAACAUAAAACACCAGAGGCCGUUACCACUAAUCAAUGAGAGCAUUUACGGAAUCAUAAAAUAUUAAAGAAGCAGCAGCUUUCCCACAUCAAUAAUAAACAAAACCUUCUCUUCAUAAAUAAAAACUUCGACAUUUCGACAUAAUUCCAAUCGAUACAUCGAGCAACAGGCUAAUUUUCCAUCACAGUCGCCACUUCACUCCACAAUAACGUACGAAAACCUUAUCUUAUCUCAGAAAAUUGUGAUAAAACCAGCUACGUGUAUGUAAAUCAAUCCAUUACGCAAACAUUGCAGCAGACUGUCGGCGAGCAGCAGAGCAUCGUCCAUGACUUACCUUGAGAUGCUACAAGCCUAGAGUAACGAAGAAUGCAAUGUCGAAGGACAAGGAUACCCUCCAGGUGCCGGUGCCAGACAUCAGCGACGAAUCGCGGGACCACAGCUACAGACAUAGCUUACAGCCGAAAGGGGUGGCUGAAGGACCGAUCUUGAGACACACGCGCUCGCACAACUAUGGAGCGAAAAAGAAAAAAGUGAAAGUGCCACCCAUUCCUGAAGUGGAAAGUGAAAUUAAAGUGGAGGUGAUUAACGAACAGGUGAAGGCUGGGAAGAAGGAGAGGAGACAUAGGGAUAGCAGAGGCUCGCGGAAGAGCAGCCAAGCGAGCAGUAGGUUAGGGAUCGACAAUGUGGCUUUCGAACUUGAAGACGGGACGAAGAUUUCCAGGGGAAAUAGUGCCGCGAGCAGUGUGAGGUCGUCGAUGAGGGAUCCCAGUGUGCAGAGUUUAACAGUGGUUCGUGAACAGUAUUGGUGUUGUGGAAAAUGGACUCCUUUCGAGAGAGCGCUUUUAGCAGCAAUUGGUGUUUUGGCAGUUAUUAUAAUCAUUCUAAUAACAGUUGUUGCCGUAAUGGCUACAAAAACUGGUGACAAAAAUGGUGCCAAAAGUUUAUUUUUUCCGUACUUUAAUUAAAGUAAUUAGUAACAAAGUGUUUUGUAAGUAAAGUGCCAAUGAGUUUGCGCGUUGUCUGGGUUGUGCAACCAAAACAUAAAGAAAUAUUUUUUACUCAAAUACGUAGUUAUACAUGAAAGAUUAAAGAUUAAAGAAUUUGUUUAACGAAAUGGAUAAUAAUAAUCUACGGUCCAGUUACUAUCCUUAGAUGAAUGAAAUACUUAUAUCAUAUCUGUUAUGUAGUUUAGUCUUCCAGCAUUGUAAUUUUCAAGUAGGUAACUUGUAUGAAGGAAAGUGGUGCUUUGUAAAAAAAAAAACAGAAUCUGUGAUUCAGAUUACUGCAAUACAUUAAUACCGUAAUUUAGAUAAUGUUUACAAACAGUUACGAAUUAUCUAGUAAGUAUAUAAUUACACAUACUAAAUAUAUUUGAAAAAAUAAAUAGGCGUUGAAAGAAUGUUGAAAUAUUUACACGAAUAUAGUGUUGAAAUUUUUUUACAAUUACUACUGAUGGAUAGUGAUAAAAACGACGUAUUUAUGAAUAACAGAAAAUUGUUCAUAAAUGGGUAAGUCUCAUGAAUGUGGAUAAACAAAUUUCUUAUCUAUUGUAAUUUAGUAUACGAAAAGUAUACUAUACUUAACUAAUAAUAAAACUUUUUCCUUGUUGGACAUCUUUAGAUAUCGCGUUACCAUAUAAAUAAUGUAAACAGUAUUAUAUUGUAAUUUACACAAGUAUUUGUAUAUGUUAAUGAAAUUUUAAUAAAACGGUGUUAAUAAA